CUAAGCAACCCCCCCACCCCCCUACGAGAGAGAGAGAGAGAGAGAGAGAGGCAUGUACUUUGUUCUGUUCUGAGCAUUGUUCUUCUUCCGUGGCGUUCCAUACCCAUUGGGCAUUCUUUGGGUUUGGUGCUCUGGCGGAGAAUGAAGUAUAUUCGAACGGGCAGUCUCAAACGGCUGUUCUCGAUCAAACGCCGAAGCUUUGAUGAACUCAUUCCGAACGAAACCGAUUCUCCCGAGGAAGGCAAAGGUGGGAUCCCAAACACUUCUCCUGGAACAGAGCCUUUCCAGAGACCCACUUGGAAAUGCUUCUCUUACCAAGAAAUCUUUGACGCCACCGAUAGCUUUCGCUCAGAUAAUUUGGUGGGAAAAGGAGGAUAUGCUGAGGUUUACAAAGGAAUUAUGGAAGAUGGGCAGGCAAUCGCCGUGAAGAGGCUGACGACAGCGUCCACCGACGAGAGGAAGGAGAAGGAGUUUCUGACGGAGAUCGGAACACUCGGCCAUGUCCGCCACCCAAACGUGUCGUCACUGCUCGGCUGCUGCAUCGACAAUGGCCUCUAUCUCAUCUUCCAGUUCUCUUUCGGCGGCUCUGUUGCUUCUCUUCUCCAUGAUGAGAAUGUGCUGACACUGGAUUGGAAAACAAGGUACAAGAUAGCAGUAGGAACAGCAAAGGGCUUGCACUAUUUGCACAAGGGUUGUCGGAGAAGAAUCAUUCAUAGGGACAUCAAGGCUUCCAAUAUACUGCUGACGGCCGAUUAUGAACCACAGAUAUCUGAUUUCGGACUGGCGAAGUGGCUUCCAUCUCAGUGGACGCAUCAUUCGAUCAUUCCAAUCGAAGGAACAUUUGGGCAUUUGGCACCGGAAUAUUUUACUCACGGUGUUGUCGACGAGAAGACGGAUGUGUUCGCUUUCGGGGUCUUCUUGCUGGAGAUCAUCUCUGGCAAGAAACCAGUUGACGGGUCUCACCAAAGCUUGCAUAGUUGGGCUAAACCCAUAUUGAAACAAGGGGAGAUUGAGAAGUUGGUAGACCCUAGGCUUGGAGGGGCCUAUGAUAGUGCCCAACUUGACCGGCUCUCCUUUGCGGCAUCUCUUUGCAUUCGGGCAUCGUCAGUUUGGCGUCCCACCAUGAGCGAGGUACUAGAGGCAAUGCUUGGAGGGGAAAUGGGGAGGGACAAGUGGAAGAUGCCGGAGGAAGAAGAGGAGGAGGAAGAGUUGUGGGGGUUUGAAGACCUUGAAUGUGAAUGGGAAUGCGAGGAAAGGUCCUCCUCAACCUCUCCACAAGGCUCCACCAGGAGUAGUUCCUAGAGCCAAACUGGCCCGCGCCUGUGUGUGUGUAUAUAUAUAUAUAGACAUGCAAUGCAAGUGGUGACCAAUGCGAAGCCUAGAUGAUUACAAGCUUUUUGUGAAUGGUCAGUCGACUUUGGCAGGCCUGCAGCCAGCUCAUUGAAUGAAUGAUCAUCCCAUCCAUCCCCAUCCCCAUCCCAAUCCAACGGGACAAACCAAAGGCCAAGUCCAUAUAUAAUGUGUGAGUGUAUUGUGUGACAAUGCCUUGGGGAAACGUCGGAUUUGUUUGGAGGAUCUGUAAUAAUUUUGAUGCGUCCUAUAAUCUAUAUAUAUAAAUCAAUUAUAAAAUUAAAGUACCA